AUGACUUUUGUGAUCAUAAUGAACAUAGUUUCCAUAAUAAUUAUUUUGAUCACAAUGAUACAAAAGAAAAAAUUAGCGAAAAAAGAGCAAAACAUUUGCAACUUCAAGAUGAGUCGGUCCAAUAUUGAGAUGCAAAAAGUAAGCGAAAAUUUAGUCUCAAACAAGAAAAUAUUGAAUUUUGAUUUGGAUGACAACGAGUUACUCAAAGUCGACGUGGAAACAAGAGAUUUGAUAUGUAUCGGAAAUGUGUCCAAAAACAACUUGAAAAUGCAAUUCAGUGUAAUGAAGGGGUGUGACUAUUAUGAGAUACGGAGUGUGCCCCCACUUGUGACAUUAAAGCCUGGAUAUGCUUGUGAAUUUGAAAUAUUUAUUAAGCCGCUGUGUACUUGUGUAACGAAAGAAAACGUGUUGGUCACUUCCAUGAAUUUGGCAACUGGAAAUUUUGAAACUGCUAAAAUUGGAAUAAAAAUCGAGACUGAACAAACAACCAAAUUGAAUUACAGAGAAAUUAUUGAAAAUAACAAACUUGGCGAAGGCAGUUUUGGAAUUGUAUAUAAAGGGCAAUACAGAGGAAAUGUCGUUGCAAUCAAGAGGAUGAAACAACUUGAAAACAAUGAGAGUGGACUUGAUGAAUUUGAAAAAGAAGUAGCAAUGCUAGACAAAUUCCGAUGUGAUUACAUCAUACACUUCUAUGGUGCUGUAUUCAUACCAAGUAAGGUGUGUAUGGUCACUGAAUUUGCUGCUUUUGGGUCACUCCAAGACUUGAUGAAACACAAGAAGAGUGAAGAAAUAAAAAUGCAGUUGCGAAUCAAAUUCUUACUUGACGCUUCAAGAGGUAUUCAAUAUCUACACGAAAAUGGGAUAUUACACAGAGACAUUAAACCAGACAACUUUUUGGUGUUGUCACUUGAUUUGAAUGAAAUCGUAAAUGCAAAAUUGACUGACUUUGGGUCGUCAAGAAACUUAAAUAUGCUUCAAACCAACAUGACAUUCACAAAGGGUGUUGGUACGCCAACAUACAUGGCACCUGAAAUAUUGGAACAAGAUAAAUACACGAAGAGUGCUGACGUAUAUUCGUUUGCAAUCACUAUGUUUGAGACUAUGUCUUGGAAAGAAGCAUAUUCUCACAACGAAUUCAAGUUCCCUUGGAAAAUAGCAGAAUUUGUUAUCAAUGGAAAUCGUCUUCGAAAAGUGGAUUCUUUUAACGAUGAGCAAUAUGAAUUGAUAUCAAAGUGUUGGGAGCAAGACAAAAAAGAAAGAAUCACAAUUGAAACAGCAAGAGAAAAACUCGAAAAUAUGUUAAAUAAUUCAUAG